GUAACACGAUGGUGGAUUGAGACUCUGUACUUGUUUUCUGAAAUCGUUACGCCAUUGGAGUCGCUUUUAAAUCUUGAUCUCACUUUUCUUCAUUACUACUCUAAAUCAUUGAGAUAGCAGAGAAUCCCAAUCUUAAGAUCAUCAUCAUUGUUAGAGAGAAAGUGUAUUGUUCUUAAUUUAGCUCUUUCAUCUUUGCCCAAUCGGUGCUUCCGAGAUUUCGCUUAUCUUGUUCCUAUCUUUAUAGAGCAAACAAUGGCGGAUCUCAAACCCAGGAUCGAGAUUUCGUUCCUUGAAACCUUCAUUUGUAGCGCUUUCGCAGCUUGUUUUGCUGAGUUAUGUACAAUACCGUUGGACACAGCCAAAGUAAGGCUUCAGCUCCAAAGAAAGAUCCCCACCGGAGACGGUGAGAGUUUGCCCAAGUACAGAGGCUCAUUGGGUACUCUAUCUACCAUAGCAAGAGAAGAAGGUAUUUCAGGGCUUUGGAAAGGUGUAAUUGCAGGACUGCAUCGUCAAUGUAUCUAUGGUGGCUUGAGGAUCGGGUUAUAUGAGCCUGUCAAGACAUUUUUGGUUGGAAGUGACUUUAUUGGGGAUAUUCCACUAUAUCAAAAGAUUCUUGCAGCUUUGUUAACCGGAGCUAUUGCUAUUAUAGUAGCAAAUCCAACUGAUCUUGUUAAGGUUCGGCUUCAAUCAGAAGGAAAACUACCGGCUGGAGUUCCUAGGCGUUAUUCUGGAGCUGUAGACGCUUAUUUCACCAUAGUGAAGAUGGAAGGAGUUAGUGCGCUGUGGACAGGGCUUGGUCCUAAUAUUGCAAGAAACGCGAUUGUAAACGCUGCUGAGUUAGCUAGUUAUGAUCAAAUAAAGGAGACAAUUAUGAAAAUUCCAGGCUUCAGAGACAGUGUUCUAACUCAUAUGCUAGCUGGUUUAGCUGCAGGAUUCUUUGCUGUCUGUAUCGGUUCUCCAAUUGAUGUGGUGAAAUCUAGAAUGAUGGGAGACUCUACUUACCGAAACACAGUCGAUUGCUUCAUCAAAACGAUGAAGACUGAGGGAAUUAUGGCCUUCUACAAAGGGUUUCUCCCGAAUUUUACACGACUAGGAACUUGGAAUGUCGUUAUGUUCCUCACACUUGAACAAGUGAAAAAAGUGUUUCUAAGAGAAGUACUGUACGAUUGAUUCUGAGAAGAACCAUGUCUUAUUACAUAAUUCUUCUAAGACCUCGAACUGUUAGAGCAUAUAUACUUCUGUGUUAUGAGCUUUCUCAUUUAGAUUAAUAAUAUAGAACAUAUUAUUCAAUCUUAUUCUAUAUUUUUCGUUU